CGAAAGAGUUGCCUAUAUAUAUUACAGUAGUUUAAUUAUUCGGUAGAAAAGCCUUGGCAUUGCAAAUCUCUAUAUUCUAGAGUGUACUCAUGGCCAUCUCUAAGGCUGUGAUUGCUUCACUUCUCGUUUCUCUUCUCAUCUUCUAUCUUGUUGAAGCUGAUAAUGAAAUCGUGAGAAUUUUCUCUCCUUCACCAUUAAACUCUUUCUGUUCUUUGUUUCCAUCUUCCCUCGUGUUAAUUUCUAUGUUUUCUAACCUUAGAAACAAAUAUGGCCUGUUUUGCAUUAUACAGGUGAUCAGGGGCGACGGGAGCGGUGUUGCUUGCUCUCUCCUCCAGAAAACAGUACACAGCAAAUGUCUGGAGGAUCAAAAGUCUUUGUUGCUUCAAUUGAAGAACAGCCUUUAGUUCGAUCCAAAUUUCUCUGUCAAGUUGGUGAGUUGGGCUCAAAGCAACAAUUGUUGUCAAUGGAAUGGUGUGACUUGUGACCAUUCCGACCGCGUUAUAGGUCUCGACCUGAGCACGGAAUCAAUCUCCGGAGGUUUAAAUGACUCAAGCAGUCUUUUCCGACUCAAGUUUCUAGAGAAGCUGAACUUAGCUUACAACAGCUUCAACUCCACACGAAUUCCAUCCAGUGUUGGAGUCCUCACCAAUCUAAAAUAUCUAAAUUUGUCAACUGCUGAAUUUGACGGCCAGAUUCCGAUGGAAUUCUCGCGCUUGAUGAGGUUGGUGAAGCUUGAUCUAUCUGGUAAUUGGUACUUGAGAAUUGAGAAAACAAAUUUAUUCACACUUUUUCGUAACCUUGGAGGACUUACAGAGCUUUAUUUGGACGGGGUAAAUAUAUCAGCAAAUGGGUAUGAAUGGGGUCAGGCCAUUUCAUCUUCAUUGCCUAACCUGCGAGUUUUGAGCUUGAGUGAUUGUUUACUUUCAGGACCUAUUGAUUCUUCCCUUCAAAACCUUCAGUACCUUACAGAAAUUAAUUUGGCUGGGAACAAUCUCUCGUCUCCGGUCCCACGUUUCUUUGCGAAUUUCCCGAAUUUGACAAUUUUGAUUCUCAAUGGUUCGGAAUUAUAUGGAACAUUUCCGGACAUCGUAUUUCAACGGGUACAAACACUAGAGACUCUGGAUUUGUGGGGCAAUACACUGCUCAAUGGUUCUUUACCUGAUUUUCCACGAAAUCGGCCCCUUCGAAAUCUGUUGCUUGGCCGCACAAAUUUUUCUGGUAAUUUACCGGAGUCUAUCGGAAAUUUGAUGAAGCUAAGGAGUAUAACGCUUUAUGAGUGUCAUUUCAGUGGACAGAUUCCGAAUUCACUGGCAAACCUUAGUCAGCUUAUUUCCUUGGAUUUUUCAUUCAACAAUUUUGCAGGUCCAAUACCUUCGUUUCAGGGAUCCAAAAAUCUCACUUCCAUAGACCUCUCUAAUAAUGCUCUAACAGGUCUAGUUCCUUCCAUUUACUUUGAAGGCCUUUCAAAUCUUGUAGAGGUGGAUCUCCGGAAUAACUCAUUCAAUGGGAGUAUUCCUUCUUCUCUGUUUUCCCUUCCAUCUUUGCAGCAAAUUUGGCUUUCCAACAACCAAUUCAGUGAAGUUUCUGAGUUUCUUCCAAACAAAUCCUCGUCUACUUUGGAGGCACUAGAUUUGGAAAAUAACAAAAUACAAGGGCCUAUCCCCUCGUACUUCUUUGAUUUCCAAAGUCUCCAAGACCUCUAUCUUUCUUUCAAUAACUUUAGUGGCACCAUACAGCUAGAAAGUUUCCAUAGGCUUCAAAAUCUCAAGUGGCUUAUGCUUUCACACAAUAACUUGUCAGUCAAUGCUAGUAUCAAUGACUCUAUCUUACCAUCCUUUCCCCAACUCGUCUUUUUAGGAUUGGUUUCUUGCAAGUUGCGAAAGUUCCCUCCUCUAAUGAAUCAAUCAAGCUUGUCACUUUUAGACCUUUCUAACAACCAAAUUUCUGGUGUCAUACCAAAUUGGAUUUGGAAUCAUGAUUAUUCUGCAUUGAAUCUUUCUUGUAAUCUCCUUGUGGGUUUGCAGCGGGAAUAUGUUAUGCCGGCUAGUCUUACGACCCUUGACCUUCAUUCGAAUCAGCUCCGCGGUGAAAUGCCAAUACCACCAAAAUCGGCGACCUAUGUGGACUACUCAAGGAAUAACUUCGGCUCUUCUCUCUCUGCUGAAAUGGGCAACGGCAUUGCCUCUGUUUCGUACUUUUCUCUUUCACAUAACAAGCUUUCUGGACCCAUCCCUUCAUCAAUAUGCAAUGAGAGCAACCUUGAGGUUCUUGAUAUUUCCAAUAAUAGAUUCACUGGCACUAUACCCCAAUGUCUGAUAGAUAAUAGUACUAUGACCCUAGGCGUACUGAAUUUGCAGAAUAACCAACUUAUUGGUAAAAUAAUGGGGACAUUCCCGGAAGGUUGCACUUUGAGGACCCUUGAGUUGAAUGGAAAUCACUUGGAAGGGGAGGUUCCAAAAUCCCUGGCCAAUUGUGCAAAUGCGGAGGUUUUAAAUCUUGGUACCAACAACAUAAAUGGUAACUUCCCCUGUUUCUUGGCAAACUUAUCAGAAUUGCAUGUCUUAGUAUUACGAUCCAACAAGUUCCAUGGAAAUAUUCAUUGCCGAGGAAUUCAUAAUUAUACCUGGCCAAAGCUUCAAAUCAUUGACCUAGCUUUCAACAACUUCAGUGGUUUUUUGCCCCCAAAAUUCUUUUCACAGAGGAAGGCAAUGAGGGAUGGGGGUAACGCACAACCAAAUCUCAAUCAAUUGCGUUUUGAGUUGUCUACCUUUUCUUUUUACUAUGAGGAUUCAGUGACAAUUGUCAUCAAAGAGUUAGAGAUGAAGCUGGUGAAGAUCUUAACUAUAUUUACCACCAUUGAUUUCUCAAACAAUAGGUUCAAGGGAAAUAUACCAGAUACAAUUGGGGAUCUGAAAUCCCUCUAUGUUCUCAACCUAUCCCACAAUGCCCUCACUGGGUCAAUCCCUUCAUCACUUGGAAACUUGUCAAAGCUUGAAUCACUAAACCUCUCAUGGAACAAGCUUGGUGGAAGCAUCCCAAUGACACUUUCAAGUCUGACAUUUCUUGCAAUUAUGAACUUAUCGUACAAUCAACUUGUUGGAAUGAUCCCAAGAGGCCCCCAGCUUCAAACAUUUCCAGAAACUUCGUUCAAAGGAAACAAAGGAUUAUGGGGACCUCCUUUGACCUCUUAUUGCAAGGAAGCAGAACCGGCAACGCCAACAUUGAAUGGUACGCAAUCAUAUAUUGAAGAGGAUAAGAUUAACUGGGUUUACAUAAUCUCUACAUUGGGAUAUACCGUGGGGUUUGGAGUUAUUGUUGGGCCACUUUUAUAUUCGAAAAGAUGGAGACAAUGCUACUAUAAACCUCUCGAUAGAGUUAUUGUGAGGAUUCUCCAUCAUCAAGAGCAGCGAGCAAAACAUCAAAGAAAAAGAGACAACAGAAACCAGCUUCAGAGACGCUAGCACCAUUGAAGGGCGAUCACUUGUAAGGGACAAGAUUUAGCAUGAGGCACUAAGUUGGCUAUGUCAGUUUCAUGUCAUUUAGUAAUUUUAGUUACUUGAAUUGCGAGCAUGUAAUAAUAUGGCACGACAUGGUACUUGUCUAUUUGCCGAUUUUCAAAUUGGGCUAAGCGGACCCGGUGGUUCGUAAUAAAUUUAGCU